GUGGCGUAGAUUAGAGGGGUUUAGCGGUCGUUUUACAUUCUCCCAAAUGGUGUGUCUCUCUUUUAUAGCGUGAGAGAAGAGAGAGGAGCUGUGACACAAAUCGAAAUCGAAAUCGAAUUGAGAGCAGAUAGAGAUCACGCUUCUGGGGUUCUCCUUUUCUUAUCUCAUACACUUGAAAUUUCGAAAUCUGAAGCUCCAGAAAUCUCGACAAAAAAAAAGAGGGGGAGGGGGAAAUAAAAAAAAAGAUUAUGAGUUGGUGAGUUUCAGAAGCAUAGAUGACGACGAUUCGAUCGUUGCGUAAACCACCUUCUAUAAAACUUGUGUUUCCAACUCUGAUCAUACUUUUCUUGACAUGUUUGUUUUGUAUCUUGACAAAUUUGCAAACCAUAUCGUAUCUUUUCCGUCCGCUUUGGGAUAAACCGCCGCCACCUUUCAAACGGAUACCUCAUUACUACGCAGAGAAUGUCUCCAUGGGACAUCUUUGUGAACUCCAUGGGUGGACACCUCGGUCAGAGCCUAGGCAAGUCUUUGAUGCCAUCAUUUUCAGCAACGAGCUUGACCUUCUCGAACUCAGAUGGCGGGAACUAGAGCCUUACGUUUCAAAGUUUGUGAUCUUGGAGUCAAACACUACGUUUACAGGGAUCCCGAAGCCUCUUUUCUUCGAUUCCAAUAGGGAGAGGUUCUCGUUUGCAGAGGGUAAGAUAGUACACGGAGUGUUUCCUGGGAGAAAGCGUUACAAGGGGCAGCCGUACGAGGACCCUUUUUUGCUGGAGGGGCAACAGCGUGUUGCGAUGAACUGGUUGCUCAGAGAAGCUGGAAUCUCUGAUGGAGAUGCUGUGAUCAUGUCAGAUGCUGACGAGAUUCCAAGCCCUCACACUGUGAAGUUUCUACAGUGGUGCGAUGGUAUACCAGAUGCAAUGCAUCUAGAGAUGAAGGAAUACAUGUACUCCUUCGAGUUCCCGGUUGAUUACAGCAGCUGGAGAGCCUCUGCACAUCUAUAUACUAGGAAGUGGACUCAGUACCGCCACUCUCGACAGACUGACUUGAUACUAUCCGACGCAGGGUGGCAUUGCAGCUUCUGUUUCAGACGACUCAGCGAUUUCGUUUUCAAGAUGAAAGGUUACAGUCAUGCAGAUAGAGUCAGGCGCAAGGAGUUUUUGGAUUAUCCGAGGAUACAGAGACAUAUAUGUAAAGGUUAUGAUCUCUUUGAUAUGCUUCCUGAAAAAUACAGUUUCAAAGAGUUGAUUAGUAAUAUCGGACCUAUCCAGCGUUCUGCUUCUGCGGUACAUCUACCUGCCUUUUUGAUUCAGAACGCUGCUCGCUUUCGGUUUCUUCUCCCCGGAGGCUGUAUCCGAGAACCCUAGCUGAAGAUAAUGUACAAAAAUAGAGAAGCACUAGUUUCUUGUCACACACCAACUUAAUCCGAAACAACGGAUAAAUAAGAAAUAGAUCUUUAUCCCAUCUU